AAAUCCUUUACAAAAAAAGGGCUGGUGGAGUGGCUCAAGGUGUAGGCUCUGAGUUCAAGCUCCAGUACUGCAAAAGAAAAAAGAAAAGGAAUAGCUAACUCAGUGAAAUAUGGUGAUUAGAUGCAGGCUGAAAGAUAAAAACAAACAACAACAACAAAAAGAUAUAGACUAAACUGUAAAGUGGGAGCUGCUAGUUGUAAAAGAAAAAGUACUCAUCGAUGCCUAGUCCACUUUCCCAGUUUCUGCACUUUCUAUGGUAUUCUGUUUGAUCCACUUCUGACUAUACCCUCCUUUUUGAUCUAGCCCACUGGCUGCUACGUCAGGGGUCUGCUGAAAGAGAGGCUCCCAAGAACCAAAAGGGCCUAUGCCUGGUUAUAGACCUCCAUCAUCCCUGAACAUCUAGGGAAAGCAUCCUUCUUCUUCUUUCUCCCCCUGUGGCCUGGUGCAAAUGUACUGCUGCACCAGCAAGCAUGCUAGUCCAGAGGUUCUCCUCAACUCCCUGCACCCAGUCUUCUGCCUCCCCCUGCUCUCCUCCCAUCUUCUCAUCUUCCUAUCCCUGGGAGAGGUAGAGACUGAGCUCUAGGUCUUUAUGGGAAAUGGCUGAUAUCUAGGCUCAGAGAUAGGGGCCACCUGGGGCCCAGCCUCAUCAGGGUCAAGAAUUUGAAACUAGAAAAAACCUACAAAACAUCUGCCAGUCUCCUUUCUGGUUUUGUGUUCUUCCCUGCAAAUCCACACAAUUGGGCAAGUUAGUGUUUCUUGAGAUUGGCCUAUUGCAGUAGAAUCUCCAGGGCACUUGUUAAAAUGCUGGUUCCUGGGUACCUGCACUAUCAAUUCAUCAGUUCUAGGCAGCUUUCAGGAAUCUGUUUUUACAUGUACCCCAGGUGAAUGUGGUGCACAAUAAAGUUUGUGACUCUCUGGGCUAGAUGCAGUCUAUUUCCUCUCACAGCAAUGAGGUUCUCUAAUCCUGUUUCCAUUUAAUAGAGGAGACUAUCAAGCAAUUUGUCCAAACUUAUGCACCUUGAAGGCUGGAGAAUAUGAUCUCCUGCCUCUUAGGGUGGAAUUUUUUUACAGCACCUUAGAGUGGGAUGAGUGAAGAACUAUGAGGCAAGAGUCAUGGUCCCUGCCCUCAAACCCCUUCUCCAUUCACUUUGCCUUUAGGCAAUUUCCGCCAGAACCUGGGUGGGGAGGGAGGAGUUCCGGUGUUGAAAUGGCAUCCUGGACAGACAUAAACACCCCACCCACUCUGCCCACUGGCCAUGGCCUGUGCCUACACCAACUCCCAGCUUUGGGGAUGGCAAUAUAGGGGGUGGAGGCAGGAUUCAGGGAGAUCCUCUUUGAAAGGAUACUUUUUCCAGUGCCCACCAAUUUUGUGGUUGCUGGGGCCCUUUGGGCUUUAGGGGAACCUGGACGCAAUCCUGGCCCAGUAGGAUGCCCCCGUGUCCUCCCCAGCAGAGCAGGAACAGGGUGACACAACUGCCCACUGUAGAGUUGGGCGAGAUGGAACUGACUUGGCAAGAGAUCAUGUCUAUCACUGAGCUGCAGGGUCUAAAUGUUCCAAGUGAGCCAUCAUUUGAGCCCCAAGCCCCAACCCCAUACCCUGGACCUUCACCAACUCCAGCUUACUGCCCCUGCUCAGUCCAGCCAGAUGCAGGCUUCCCCCUUCCUCCUCCUCCUUAUGAGCUCCCACUAUCCACAUCCCAUGUCCCAGACCCCUCAUUCUCUUAUGAUAACAUGGCCAUACCAGUGUCUAAGCCACUGACCCUCUCCGGCCUGCUCAGUGAGCCCCUGCCAGACCCCUUAGCCCUCCUGGACAUUGGGCUACCAGUGGGGCCACCCAAGCCCCAAGAAGAUCCAGAAUCCGACUCAGGAUUAUCCCUCAACUACAGUGAUGCUGAAUCUCUUGAGCUGGAGGGGACAGAGGCUAGUCGGCGACGGAGCGAAUAUGUAGAGAUGUACCCAGUGGAGUACCCUUACUCACUUAUGCCCAGUUCCUUGGCCCACCCCAACUAUACCUUGCCACCUGCUGAGACCCCUUUGGCAUUGGAGCCCUCCUCAGGCCCUCCGAGGGCUAAGCCUGCUGCACGGGGGGAGGCAGGAAGUCGGGAUGAGCGUCGUGCUUUGGCCAUGAAGAUCCCCUUCCCUACGGACAAGAUCGUCAACUUGCCGGUAGAUGACUUUAAUGAGUUGUUGGCACGGUACCCACUGACAGAGAGCCAGUUGGCUCUAGUUAGGGACAUCCGACGUCGGGGUAAGAACAAGGUGGCCGCCCAGAACUGUCGCAAGAGAAAGCUGGAAACCAUUGUGCAGUUGGAGCGAGAGCUGGAGCGGCUAGGCAAUGAAAGGGAGCGACUUCUCAGGGCCCGAGGGGAGGCAGACCGUACUCUGGAGGUCAUGCGCCAACAGCUGGCAGAGCUGUACCGUGACAUUUUCCAGCACCUUCGGGAUGAAUCAGGCAACAGCUACUCUCCUGAUGAGUAUGCUCUGCAACAGGCUGCAGAUGGGGCCAUCUUCCUGGUGCCCAGGGGGACAAAGAUGGAGGCCACAGACUGAGCUGGCCCAGGGGGAGGGGACUGAUGAUGGGGAUUUCCCUCAUUCCUUUCUAAUAAAGGUACUCCCCUAACCCCUAAGGCCCUGAGUCUGUAGAGAACAAGGGAAACCCUGAUAUUUGGAAGCUUCAAGAUGUGUUCAAUGAGGCUUGCCUUGAGGGCAGGAGAGGGAUUUAGCUUUCCAGGCAACCUACCUCCACCUCUUGUCUAAGCUUUGGUCUAUAAAGAGCUCAACAGAAAUAGC